AUGUGUGAACACGAGAACCUGCGUGUCCGGAGCUGGCUUGGACGCCGGCCUGCUUCUGCCUCCUCCUCUCUGGCCGCCAGGAGGCGCUCUUCGCCGCAGGCGCGUGGCUCAUUUCGGAUGGACGCCGCCUCCCGCAGCCGCUCCUCGCCCGGCUUUGCCUAUCGAAGAAGCUUGUCCCGCGGCGACACCCGUCCCCCAUCCCCCCCCCGACCAGCUAGGCGCUGCCGCCGUGGCCGCCCUCGCCCUCCAAUUGGCCGCCAUGGCCUCCCUCGCCCUCCGAUUGGCCGCCGGUGCUGCCGAUCGCGGGCGCGGAGGCGGGACCGGCGGGCGGCGAUUGGCUGGGCCGGGCGGUUGCUUCGGCUGGGCAGUGGCGGGCACAGCGGGGUCGGAGCCGGAGCCGGCGCGCUCUCGCCUCCUCUCGCCGCCGCCCCCCCCCGCCCCGCUCAGGCCUGCGAGCGAGCGAGCCUGCUCAGCCCGGGCCGGGGGGCGCCGAGCCUUGACGCGCGGAGCAGGACCAUGUCGGGCCAGGAGGAGGAGCGGGCCAAGGAGAUCCUGAGGGGAUUCAAGCUAAAUUGGAUGAAUCUCCGGGACGCAGAAACGGGAAAAAUUCUCUGGCAAGGAACAGAAGACCUCUCCGUCCCUGGAGUAGAGCAUGAAGCUCGAGUUCCUAAGAAAAUCUUGAAAUGCAAGGCUGUGUCUCGGGAGCUGAACUUCUCCUCGACGGAGCAGAUGGAGAAAUUCCGCCUGGAACAGAAAGUGUACUUCAAGGGACAGUGUCUAGAAGAAUGGUUCUUCGAGUUUGGCUUUGUCAUCCCCAACUCCACAAACACUUGGCAGUCCUUGAUAGAGGCUGCUCCAGAGUCACAGAUGAUGCCGGCUAAUGUUCUAACCGGGAACGUUAUCAUAGAAACCAAGUUUUACGACGACGACCUCCUCGUAAGCACUUCCAGAGUAAGACUGUUCUACGUUUGAGAGAAGGCCGGGGCGGGGCUCGGGCCUGGCUUAGUUCCCACCCCACCGCCCCCACACCUGGUUCCUGGCGCCGCAUCCCCACCCUGCCCAAAAAGUGUCAAGGGGAAGGCGCGCCCUCCCGCUCUCCCUUCCUUUAGGCGGCGACCAGCUCCGUGCAAAGUUGCAACCUUGGCCGGCCGGCCCUUCUCUUAUUCCCCCUCCUCCUGGCUGGAUGAGGCCGAGCUGCAAGGCGUGUCGCCCUCCGCUCAGACGUGGGGUAAGGACUCCGUCAGAGACCCAAACCGGCAAGCAAACGGGCGUGACGCAUCAGGACUGUAAAUUAUGUUUAGGUUUUUUAAAAACCCUUUGUAUGUCUCCAUAUCUUGGCGUCCCGAAUUCCCAUUCUCGGCAGGUGACGUGUCACCUCCGUUCUUCAUAGUUUCUUUCUUUGUUUUUAAGUUAACUCGCUGGCUCCUUUCUCUCUCUCUCUCUCUCUCUCUCUCUCCCUCUCUCUUUAAUUAAUUUCAUCUCUUAUUUCUAUGUAACUGGUCCAGAUAUCAGCUCCCUCAUCCCUUUGCUCCUUAAACUUGUAAAAUAGACUGUGAUAUUAUUACAUAAUGUAAUUAAAAUCAAUUUCUGAAUUAAAAAGCAAACAUUCCUACCA